CAUGCAAUUUCGUUUGAAUAAGUUGUGCUGCACUGACACCACAUCGCACUUUAAAUCAUCUCCUUACCUAUAUUUGGCUACCCGAGCGUGCAAGAUGGGCCGCGUACUGCCCGCUUUGAUCCCGCGCGCCGCUUUUUGCGACUUCGUCGUCGACAUUGUCCAACGGUUUCAAACUUUCUUAAUCUGCUCCAACCUUUUUUCUCUGACUUGUUUCGAACCAAAAAAAAAUUGUUUGCAGACUUCAGAAAAUUAUCAUCCAAAGUUAUUUAACGCCCUUGAGAUUGCAGAAGACAGUCAAGACAAAGAAAACAUUUAACGAGCCUCUUGGGUACAAACACAGUUGGUUUUCUUUCCCGGCUCUCGAAAUAAACAAGUCAAUCUGGAUUCGUAUACAAGCGCAUUCUUUUUGCCAUGAAGUAAAUCCUAAGUAAACUAAGCUUGCUCGGUGAAGAUGGCUGGAUAUUGGCCUCGUUCUUUUUCGACUUCGUCUCGGUCCAUAACAACGCAUAAAAAGAACUGGGCCAAUAUCCAGCCAUCUUGACCUCACGCUUCGUCAAUACAAAAGGCGCAUAUUUCCUCAAAGGGUGUUUGGGUGUUGUCAGGAAAUUGUGUGAAAAAUGGGAAAAAAAGUAGCCUGAGGGAUUAAACAUAAGAACAUGGCAUGUGAAAAACAAACUGCUAAGAAUAGAUCUGAACAUUUCAUCAAAUACAUCUUACGACUGCUGAAUUUUCCUCGUCAACCUAUGUUGCAAAAGGUAAUUAUUUCAGUCGUCGGGUAUUGGUGACUGAUAAGUCUCAAACAUCAGCUAAAAGGCAAGUGUAUUCAAAUGCACUACACGCAUGCAUGCACCUCCGUAAUCUUUUAGCUCCACAGAAUUUACAAUAACUGCCUGCGUCUCAUUAGCAUAUAAAACCGAGUUCUACGAAUUCACUUUAUUGUUUCAAAUUGAGACCUUGUGCGAUUUUAUCUAAUCGAAAACAGCGAAAAUACAGACGCUACCAAUGGAUACAAAUCUAGAGAAACUAUUUGCGCCAAAAACAUUUAACAGAUUCAGCCACUUCAUAGUUUUUGGUUGGAUCGUGAUUUGUGCAAUCUUUGUUGGUGUUUUCACAGACACGGAAUUAAACGAAUCUCGGUCGGAUUUCAGCUGUGGUGGGGCGAGGACUGUUCAAGACAUCGACCUAGUCCGUGGACAGUGUUUUGAGCUGUACAUGAAGCAAAACAACAAACACGGUCUUCCUAUCUAUGGCUUUGUAAUACUUAACUUCUUCCUCAUUGCAAGUGUUUGUGCUAUUUACUCCCUAAUAGUGAGCUCUACAGUCAGUAAACUGUCUACAAGCGCUUGUAAUGGUGACGAGGAACAAUCGUGCGGCCGAGAAAACGCAUUAUCUGGUGGAAAAAAGUUGUUUAUAGCUUACUCUGGUCAACUUUUCACGAGGAUUGUGUUUGGCGUUCUCUUCAUGGUCCUACAAACUCAAUUUCUGUAUCCCACGGACUUUCCCUCUCGCUUUCGUUGUGAUCCAAACUCUGCAGGAGAUCAGCCAAGGAAUUCUACUGGCGUCAUGCAAAACUCCACACCAAUUUUACACGAUUGUCAUAAUCAACGAGCAACUAAAAAAAACUCCUGCAUGAAGGCUAUUCUUGUGGUGAACGGAAUUUUUGUCUUUCUCGUUCUAAUGGAAGCCGUGUACAUUUCAAUACGAACGUGGAAAAGAAAUGGUUUCAUGAAAAAUUCCAAGUUUCUAAAAACUCACCUGAAUCCCUCGGAAAAUUUUAUCACUUCGACCAUAGUUAAUAACUCUGCUUCGACCAAGCUCACACUAGAACUACUUGUGGUAGAGGAACUUACAGACCCUGAAACAAACAUCCCACACAUUCCAGGGGAGCCUGAACAACUCCGAAUAACGCCGCUCCAGGAAUUCAUCGAAAAUACAAAGAAAAAAAUUAAAAAAGACACAUGUCGACCUCCACAACUCCGAUCACCUUUUUCAGGUACUCCCGGCGAAGGACAGCCAGCUAAACAUUUAGCUUUAGAUCAGAUUUACACAAACCUUGUCGUUCUUCCGGACAGAGCUAGAUAUGACUUCACUGGAGCCGACAGACGGAAGAAAUUGGAAGUCUACGCUAGAUCAGCUGAGAAAAACACAGCACCUAGUGGGCCGGAAGACAUUCUUAACCACGAAAACAAAAAAGUUUUGAUCGUUGGUCGUCCCGGAAUCGGAAAGACACUUUGCUGUACCAAAGUUCUGAGAGACUGGGCAUUGGAGAAAGUAUUCAGUAAGACACCUGAUGCUAAAAUCCAUUUUGAUGCUGGUUUCUUCAUUAAAUUCAGAGCACUAAACAAGACAAACGACCUUACUCUCAGAGAACUGCUCGCCUUGUCAGAAUAUUCUCCAUCAGAUCACAUGGAUGGAGAAGUCUGGAAUUACAUCCUUGAGAACCCCGAAAGAGUUCUCCUUAUAUUCGAUGGAAUCGAUGAAUUUAAACAUAACUCAAUGAUCGGUGAUGAAAACUACGAUCCUAAAUUCAGAGAUAGCGUGGACGAGAACAUGCCCGUUCACGCACUCUACGAGAAGCUUGCGACUGGGAAACUUCUCGAUGGAGCUGCAGUUUUGACAACCACAAGACCUACGGCUAUGCCAUGCAUCGAAAAGAUUCCUUUCGACAAAGUCUACGAGAUCCUCGGCUUCUCAUCCUUACAAGUCGAACAUUAUGUGACCAAAUUUAGUGAAGACGAGCACGCGGGCGAAACACUAUGGCGACACAUCGGCGGCAACAUCGACAUCCUCUCUCUAUGCUCCAUUCCUGCGAGUUGCUUCAUCAUUUGCUCGACUCUACUUCAUAUGCUGAGCUUUGAAGAUUUUACAACUCUUCGCCUACCAAGGAAACUAACAGAUAUUUACAAGAAAGCGGUAAAAAUUUUUUACUUUACCUACAACGAAGAAUAUCGCGGAAAAAAUAUCACUCGCGAAGACUUAGAAUCCGACGAUUUGCCUCUUAAAGUUAAAAUGAAAUUUAAAAAACUGGAAAACAUAGCAUUUGAAGGAAUUAAAAAAGGAAGGCUGAUCUUUGGAGGGAACGAAGGAAUGGAAAACAGCGCUCUCUUUCACCGCCUACCCGACCGCCGAACUGACGAGUUAAACCGCGAAAGACAAUUCUGUUUCAUUCAUUUAACACUGCAGGAGUUUUUCGCUGCCAGGCACCUGGCGAAUAUGAGUGAAACAGAAUUGAGGAACUUUGUCUCUAAGAACAUCGAGGACGGCAAAUGGCAACUGGUUUUCCAGUUUCUAGCAGGACUAAUGAGCGAUAAAGAAAAACUACCGAGCGAAAUUAUCACAGACCUUCUUCCUGUGGAAACUGAAGAGAAAGAAGAAAAACUCUACAACGAAGACUUCACAGAGAAAGUAGUGCCAAGGAAAGUCAUUAAGUGGCCGACUAAAGAUAAAAAACAUUUAGCAGUGACAUUACUUAAAUGUUGUAGUGAAAAUAGUGGGAUGAAGGAAACAGUUCAAAGAAAACUUCAAGAAAUUAGCUUUAAUUUUGUAAAUUUUAUUGAUUGUCAACUCACAGCUGUUGAUUGUGCUUCAUUAGUUACUGUAAUUGAGAAUCAAGGUAAAAAAAUUUCACAUUUACAAUUGAGUGGCAAUAACAUUGGCCCUUUGGGCUGUUUAGAGAUUUGUAAAUUGUUAAAAUGUAGGAAUUCUCAACUGAGCUGGUUAGACCUCACAGACAAUCAAUUGACAGAUGAAGCAGCAAAGUAUUUAGCUGACGCCAUCAGAGACAACAACUGUCGGCUUCGCAGGUUAAACCUCUACGGCAAUAACAUCACAGACGAAGGAGCACAGCACUUGGCCGAAGCCAUCAGAGACAACUGUCAGCAACGCCGGUUAAACCUCGCAAACAAUAACAUCACAGACAGAGGAGCACAGCACUUGGCUGAAACCAUCAGCAACGAAUACUGUCAGCUACUCACAUGAAUCCUCUGGGGCAAUAACAUCACAGAUGCGGGUAAACAACACGCAGAGAAUUUACUUCGCAAGAGUCCGUCUGACUGUAUCCUUUAUGUACAGCAUCGCUAAUUUCACAAAUGAUUAAUAAAACUAAAAUGAAAUUAUAUUAACAACUUACAAUGUAAAAAUGUGAGGUAACUAGCUCAGUGGGAUUGCAAACCCAACAACUUAACACGUGAAUGAAAGAAUAAUUAUCUCUGUGAAGAGCUCAUAGCAGCGAGAUUGUUUGAAGCGGAUCGAAAUGAAAAAAAAUGAACCAAUGAAGAUGUUUAUUGACAGCAAAGGAUGUCAAACCAAGGACAAUGAAGUAAAAACACAAAGCCUACUGCAGAGAGAACAAAUAAACCUCGGACCUCUCA